AUGGCCGACCGCAGAAGUGUGCGGUCUGCAAGCCGGCGCAAAACACCUACUCCACAACCACCGGCCAAUGCGCCUGCACAACAAUUCGGACGCGCUUCGCGAGCGAGAAGUUUGCGCAGCGCCAGUCGCGAAGUAGAGGACUUUAUCGACAUCCAGAAACCCACACGUCGAAGCGCGCGACAAGCGAGCGUGACUACGAACGAUGGAAGUGAACAUGAGGCACCAAAGGCGCGCAACACAAAGCGCAAACCCGCGAAAGAGCUGUUGGGAGACCUCACAGUGGUUGAGGAAAUAGACACCGAGAUUGCCCUUGAGGAAGACGAAAUCCCAGGUACACCAGCGCGCACCGAGCCUGACGUAACCUUCCGCUCACCGGGCGCCGCAUCCGAGAUGUCCGGAACCACUGCCAUCACCUCCUUCAGCAUGAUAGAGGCUGAAUUCCUGGAGCCCAGAUACAUCGUCAAGCAUCUGCGAAAGCUAUGCGAGGCUACAGAGGAUUUCCUGGGGCACAUUGCGCCAAAUCACGCGGCAAUGGAGGAUGAUCUGCAAAACAUACAAGAGAUGCGAAAACCCGGCUCAGUCUACAGCAAAGAUUACCAGGACUUCGACAACGAACUGAACACGCAGUUAAAGCAUUACAAAGGCGAAGAACACAGCUACGUACACAUCAGAGCAAUUCACCGCGCUCUUUUUGGGACAAGUGAGGAUGUCACAGCAUCACAGAGUGGCCUCGACCUGAUCCUCUACCUCACCAAUCUACUGGUGUUAGCGAAGCAGAUAGUACAUUCAGAUCGAGAUGAUAAAAGUAUCUGGGAUGUGCUACGACAACUAGACAUUUCCUUCCCAGCUCAGUUUAUGCAGUCGCUCGAUUCGAAUACGCAACAGUCAGCUGCAGGAGAGAGUGCGCUAUACAAUGAGACCUUUGAGCUUGCGCUGGAACUGCGGACACAACUAGCAAUACUCGUCCUUCAAAAGUCGGCCGACAACCCCAGCUUUGAUCCCCAAGAAACAAUGGAGGAAGUUUUUUUCCGCUCUGACUCGUCACAGUCGGUAGAAGCUGGUUCGCCACUUCGUGGAUGGGCCACAGCAGCUUUGGGCGGCGACGAAUCAGCGCUACCCGAAGAAUUCGAGGACCAGAUUGUGACCCGAGUAGACGAGAUCCGAGCCUUUUUCUCCCAGGAUGAGGAACAUGACGAACCUGUCGACUUGCAACAAUUGAAGUCAAACUUUCCGUGGGUGGCAACCGUUUUUCGCCUGUUAGACUGGGUGCGUCUUCGGCACAACGAACUCAAAAUAGCCAUCGACAAUCUUGGAGGACCAAACGCGAUCAUGCAUAACGUCAAAGAAGCCCUGGAGGAACCUCAGUCCGUCGAUCAAACAGCGCCAUCGGUUCCGCGAGAAUCACUGCGUAAGAAGCGAACUUCAUUUGGACGAGACAGGCGGCGCAGUAGCCGUAAAUUUGACCCAAACGCGAAGGUGGAUUUGCGUGCUAUUGAUGUUUUGAAAGAGAAAGAACGUGAUUCGGGUGUACAUCUGGGACUCGCGGCUUCUCAGCCUGAUCGUGAAGAGACUCUUGUUCAGCAACCAGUUGAGGAGGUGGAGAAUGAGCAACUGGGAAUGGACGACCAGCCACAAGACGAACAACAGACCAUGGUCGGAAGCGAUACGACUUCUCAACAGGGGCAUGAGGAUAUUCCUCAAGCGAUCGAACAAGUGCAGAACGAGCAGUUAAGGACGGAAGACCAACAGGAUGAUAUGCAGUUGGUAGAUGAAAGCGACGGACCGCAGCAGCCCGAUGAGGAGCAGUCUGAACAGCAGCAACCCCGACAACAAACGGUGAAAGAAAGCCGAAUUGAAGAGCCCGAAGAACCAGUCGAAGAGCAGGUCGAAGCACCUCAAGCAUCAGGCCCACCGCAAAGCUCAGCAGCUCUACUAAAAGCUCUGAAAGCCGUUCCAAAGCCGCAGAAAGAGAACCGCCCAUUAUCGAUAUUCGAUCGCCAACCAACAGCACAGCGCAUCGAAUUCGGCGACGGCUUCGACAGCACCCAGCCAACACCUGGCCCGUCAAAUACAGCCAAAGGCAAGCAACCCGCACUGCCAUCCCCACGCAAACGUAAGCGCGUAAUCGACAUCUCCGACUCAGAAUCCGACGAAUUCGAAACCGCAGACCGCGGCUUCCGUGCCCCAGAACGCCGUCGCAACGCGCCCGUUUCAAAGAAACAGCGCACCACCGAACCUAUACCCUCUUCCUCCGCAGCACCCACUAGCCACCAACCUCCUCCCCGCCCAGAAUCCGAACAAGAAGAAUCAAUCUCCGAAACCUCUGCGCCCUCCAUGUCCGAAGAACCGCCCUCGUCCACCUGGCCCGACCAACGGCGUCUCGCAAAAGAAAACCGCGCUCUCGAAGUCACCACGCAAGAACGGGCGGCCGAACGCAAAGGCCGCCAGAAGUGGACGGACGACGAGGAAGACGCACUGAUACAGUAUAUGAACAUGUACCGUGGGAAAUACUCGAAGAUUCUGCAGCACGAUCAGGAUGAUCAUGGGCCGAAGAGGUUGGUUAAUAGGAAUCAGGUUAAUUUGAAGGAUAAGGCGAGGACGAUGGCUUUGCAUAUGAUCAGGUAUGUUUUCCUCUGCUCUGAUAAUAAGGGGAAUCGAACGAAUGGGAUGGUUAUGCUAACAUGUUGUUUAGAUCUGGCGCUGGACUAA